GAGCUUCACUCGACGCCUUGUUUCCAUCGCCACUUCCAACCGUCUCGACUCUCUCCGGAGUUCCCAAAGCAUUUCAACGCAGAAAAAACCGCACCAAAACGCACUCGUUUUAUAAAAGCCGAACGGCAUUGCCUCGCAUUUCUAGCUUCUCACUUCUCCCUUCGCGUUUUUCGAUCCUCCCGAGCUCUCUCAUGGCUUCCAUCGCUGCAUCAAACGUCGUUGCUCUAAAGUCCGCCGUUAAAUUUGGAGCUCCCGCCGACGCCAGGGCCUGCCAGUUUAAGCAAUGGGCCCCGAUUGGCGGCACAGCCGGAUCGGGUCGGAGCAUUGGGCUUCAGUACAGAUCCAAGCGCUCCUCCACUUCCUCUGGUCACGUGAGGGCUCAGGUGGCGACGCUUGAGCAAGCGAGCGCCGGGGAAGCCAAAAUCGUGGAGGGUCCGGUGGUGGUGGUUACCGGAGCUUCUAGAGGCAUUGGCAGAGCAAUUGCUCUGUCUUUGGGCAAAGCUGGUUGCAGGGUCCUCGUUAAUUACGCAAGGUCAUCAAAGGAGGCCGAGGAGGUUUCCAAAGAGAUUGAGGCGUUCGGUGGACAAGCUAUUACUUUCGGAGGAGAUGUUUCAAAAGAAGAAGAUGUUGAGGCGAUGCUCAAAACAGCGCUUGAUGCUUGGGGAACUGUUGAUGUACUGAUAAACAAUGCAGGAAUUACCAGGGAUGGUCUAUUGAUGAGAAUGAAGUUAAAACAAUGGCAGGAGGUCAUUGAUCUAAAUCUUACUGGUGUAUAUCUAUGCACCCAGGCAGCAGCUAAAAUCAUGAUGAAGAAGAAGAAGGGAAGGAUUAUCAAUAUAGCAUCCGUUGUUGGUCUAGUUGGAAAUGUUGGACAAGCCAACUACAGUGCUGCAAAAGCAGGAGUAAUUGGUCUGACAAAGACUGUUGCUAAGGAGUACUCUAGCAGACACAUCAAUGUUAAUGCUGUUGCCCCGGGCUUUAUUGCAUCAGACAUGACUGCCAAGCUAGGCGAUGACAUUGAGAAGAAAAUUUUAGAGACUAUCCCAUUAGGAAGAUACGGCCAACCUGACGAAGUUGCUGGACUGGUGGAAUUCUUGGCCCUUAGUCCAGCGGCCAGUUACAUGACCGGACAGGUACUCACCAUUGAUGGAGGGAUGGUGAUGUAGGUCUACUCUACCGCCAGCCUCGGAGAAGUGUAUUACAGCCUUUGAGCUUCAGGGUUCGGAUUAUACGAGAUGGAUUCAGUGGUUUCUACUAUGACAGUAAGAACUUAAAUGAAAGCUCAACAAGUUACAAAUCUUUUGCUUUAAGUUAGUUCUACAAUAAAUUUUAUUGCAAGUUUUGAUAGAAUUUCAGUUUUAGCUUGUUAAUGGCACUAAAAAAUCUCUGUAAAAUGACACUGUUUGUGGAAUGUGUUUGGUAAAAUCGAUUAUGUUGUGACACCGAA